AUGGCAUGUGCCGGUGAGGACGCAAUAGUGCAUGAUUCGGAUCCAUCGUCGACCGUACCACAACCACAAUUCGAUCCGUACUUUACUGCAAAUGAGAAAAUAAUCCAAGAUUUACUGAUCGACGAACGCAGGUACCACAGCACUCCAGCAUAUUGUGUUAAACAACCCCUUGCGGUCGCUAAGUGGAUGCGCAGGGCGUUGUUAACGUGGGUUCGGGAGAUAUGUGCCUACCGUCGCACGGACGCUGGUGUCCUCUCUCAAACCGCCCAGCUGAUCGACCGCUACCUUCAUGUCGUCCCAAUAGAGAAAAGCCAAUAUCAGUUAGUAGGAGCAGCGUGCUUCUUUAUCUCCAGCAAGCUUAAAGAGUCGACCCAAGUACCCUUAAGCGAGAUGGUCAAGUUCACUGAUUAUUCAGUCCAAAAUGUGGAUAUACUAGCGUACGAGAUGAUGGUCUGUUUAUCGCUGGCAUGGGACCUAACAUGCAUCACCCCCGUUGAUUUUAUCGCCCCAGUUGUUGAUUUCCUGGAAUUUGUCCCGGAAUUGAAGCAGAUAAUACGCCAGGCGGCACUGAAUAUAUACACGAAAGUAUUCCAUGUUGAAGACCUCGGUUUGUACAUGCCCAGCUACAUGGCGGCCGCUUGCAUCCUGUACGCUCUGAACUUGACUGUACAUCCAGAUCUCGGCGAUGUUACCUUGCGGUCAGUUACUCGCAUUCAGCAGCUUCUGCGCUUGGAAGCUCGCAAGAUCCGCGAGGUAUACCAGCACCUUCAAUCCUGUUUCAAGCCCGGUACAAUAGAACUCUCAGAGGCAGUCAUCAAAGCGGACAGUGGAGUUGUAACCCCGUCUCCAGAGCCGUCUGUUCCUCCGCCCCCUCACCAAUACGUUGCUUUGACUUCAAAUUCCGCUGUUCCCAUGCCGAUGGCAACCAGUACUGUUCUUCCCACCCGACCUCUUUGUGCCGAUGCAUCAUCUCAUUCCAACUCUCUGUCAUCCUUCGGAAGCAGUAGUGGGAGUUUCGAAAAUGCCUCCACCCAUUUGGCUUCAGCCUCGAUUUCUACUUGUUCCCCCUCUGAAACUGAGUUUUUCAAUGAGACGGAAAACGAGCAACCCCCGAUUUCCGAGCUCUGCGUACCGCGCCCUUCCAUGCCUUACGUUCAGUACUACCAUCAUCCGCAGGCUGCUCAGCACCCAAACGCGUACGCCGCCGGACAAAUCUUGAACAACGAAUGUGUCCUAGCAACAACCAACGGUUGGGAAAAUGCAGCUGUCAAUUUAACGGGGCCGUUGUCGAAGAUGAACGACUAUGUAACGGUGAAAGCAGCCGUCUUCCCAGGCGAUCCCAGGUUUGUCAUUCUCACUGCUGCAGGCUUACCAGUGGCCACUCAACGUCGAUGGACCCCGACCGACAUUCGUGAUGUUCAGCUCGAGUGAACUGUUUGAGAGGUUAGAUUUGUUCCGGCGGCUUGUUUUGUGAUACUUUCCUCCUAACUUUGAUUACCGAGUGUCUGAUACGGUUGGAUUAUUCUUAUCAUGGUCCGGUAUUAACGUUUCGUGUACAGCACGUCUAUUCAGUCUUUAGCCUCCUCCCUAGUGUUUUUGUGUCACUUCGUGUGGGUUUUCGGCGGACCGUUAACGCAUUUUGCCUCAACGUCCACCGUAACGUGUUUAUUUUAUCACAUACUUGAUCCACUUAUCCUCGUGGCUUUUCAUUUCUACCAAACACGUCUUUGUUAUCCUUGCUGGUCUUACCAUACCGUCCCGUCUCGUUCCGUUAGCAAUGGCUACCGUGAGUGUUUUCCUGAACAUCUCAGCUACAUCACCAGUAUUUCCUUGGUCUUUCACCAUCUCGAGCGCAUACUAUUGUUGAAUCGCUCGGGAAGGGACGCAUUUUCUUUUUUCUAACAAGAAGUUCGGCAUUGGUCAGUUGAUGUUUGUAUCGAUAUUCAUUCCAUUUUCCACUCACCCUUAUUUUGUUAUAGCGCAAUUUCUGUCCUCUACUCGCCUUCCCUAUUGCUCGGCAACACCGCCGCCUGAUACCAAACCAGUCCUUUUAACGACACCCUUGCGUCUGCAUUUAAUCGCACGUUUUCGUGUCCGAAAUGC